GUUUCUCGGGAGCCAUCCCCGUGGGGCUCCUUCCACCCACCGAAUAUGUGGGAACGCUGCCGAGUGGAAAGAGCCAUCCGUGGGGAGUUAUGAUGCCACUGCUGGCAGCCGAUCAUCGCUGGGGGGGAGGCGGCCGUAUAUAUAUAUAUAUAUAUAUAUACAACGGAGCCCUUGUGCUCCCUGCCCAAUAGCGACCGAUUCAAGGAGGGCAAGCGGGCCGGGCCCAAGCAAGAAAGAAAGAAGUAGCUGCACACAUACCCACCCGAAAGAGCCAGCCACACUCAAACACCAUGAAGCUGCGCACGCGCUUUGGCCGUGUAGAAGACACUUCGCCCUACCCGGCGCCCGAAGAGGUGUAUAACUGGCGAAUAUGGGCCAUGAUGCUUUCCGCCUCCAUGGCCGCUGGCAUGUUUGGCUACGACGGCGCAUUCAUCGGCUCGACGCUCAAGCUGCCUGCCUUUAAAGCCGCCUUUGGGCUCAAUGACGAGCGCGGUGCGAAGGUGCUCGCCGGCCUCUCGUCGCACAUCGUCUCGACCUUCCAGGCGGGCUGCUUCGUCGGCACGCUGACAACGUACCCGCUCGUCGAGCGCAUCGGCAUCAGGAAAUGCCUCUUCCUCGCCAGCUUGAUUUUCAACCUCGGCGUCGUCCUGCAGAUGGCCGGCAAGGGGAGCCUCGCGAUGAUCUACGCCGGCAGAGCGCUUACCGGCGUCGGCGUCGGCAACUCGUACUACGUUGGCCCUGCGUACGUCUCGAUGAACUCCCCGCCUGCGGUUCGCGGACGCAUGGUUGGCCUCCUCGAGACGGUUUACCAGGCCUUCGGCGUCGUCGGCUUCUGGAUCUGCUACGGCACUAACCGUAAUAUCUCACCUUUGUCCGACGCGCAGUGGCGCAUCCCCGUCGGCCUCCAGUUCAUCCCCGGCGUCCUGCUCGCCGUGCUCAUGGCUACACAGCCCGAGGCGCCUCGCUGGUCCAUUGCAAAUGGUAAACGUGAACAGGGAAUCCGCGACUUAUGCUAUCUACGCAACCUCACGCCUGAUCACCCGUACAUCGCCUUUGAGAUCCAGCAGAUCGACGAGCAGCUCGCCUCUGAGCGCGCCGGCGCCGGCUCCUCCAAAUUUACAGAUAAGCUCCGGGAGGCGUUCGGAAAGCGGAACCGCAGCCGUCUUGCCAUCGGUCUUGCCAUGAUGCUCUUCCAGAACCUGAGCGGGAUCAAUGCCCUGAACUACUACAGCGCGACACUCAUCGGCAACAUUGGCUUCAAAGGAACGGACGUCUCGCUACUCGCGACUGGAGUGUAUGGUCUCGAGAAGGCGCUCAUAACCCUGAUCUUCAUGACCUUUUUCGUCGACUCAGUCGGCCGCCGAAAGGCGCUCAUCUUAGGCUCGAUCGGCGCAGCGACUGGCAUGCUGUACCUUGGCAUAUACACCAACGUUGCCGACACGUUCAACUCCACGCCCCCACGCGACGCAGGCGCCAUCUUUGGCCUCGUCGCGUUCUAUUGGUACACGCUGCACUAUGCCUACUCGUGGAACGGCAUCCCGUUUAUGUUCUGCGCAGAGGUUUUCGGCAACAACAUCCGCAUGCUGUGCAUGACCAUGACGACGUGCAUGCAGUGGAUCGCGCAGUUCAUGAUCGUCUAUAGCCUGCCGUACAUGGUCGUCUCGAUCAAGUCUUACACGUUUAUCUUUUUCGGCGUCUGCACGCUUGCCGCUUGUGCCUUCACGUACCUCUUUGUUCCUGAGACCAAGGGUGUCGUCCUUGAAGACAUGGAUGUGCUCUUUAACGCCAGGGGCCUCGCUCCACACCAGAUGAAGGCCUUCCACCAGAUUAUGUCCACGCGCGCGCAUGACACAGUCGUCGCACAAGGCGUUACAACCGUCACAAACAACGAGGCGAGGCACCUGCACUCGGACGAUACCAGCGGCGGCGACAAAUCCAAACACGACGGCGGUGAAGUCCGCUACGACACAUCCAGCCCAUGAGCGCAUUGAUUCCCUGCUCCCUCUUUAGUUAUUGACACAGAAUCUCGCGUUGCCGAUCAUGUACAGUAUUAUCCACGUAAAAAAGUGAUGGAGAGCCAAUAAGAAGCUCGGUG